UUUUUUUAUGUGAGGGCAUUCUUUUGGCAGUCCUCACGAUCCUGACACCUCAGAAUGUGCCCCCACUGAGAGCAAUGGUGGCCGGUACCUCAUGUGGUAUCGUAAGUCUACCAUAGACCAUCCCAAUAAUAAGUUUUUUUCUCCUUGCUCAUUGAGAAGUAUUGGUGAGACACUACGCACCAAGUCACAAUGUUUUGUUUCUAAACAUAAAUUGAUACCUCUGUGUGGUAAUGGUAUAGUGGAGCGAGGUGAGGAGUGUGAUGCUGGGGCCAUAGGCAUAGUCAGUGGUGAUAUGUGCUGUUCUAAAUUUUGUAGAUUCAUAGACAGAGCAGACUGUAGUGACCUAAAUACUGAGUGCUGUGCCAACUGCCGCCUAGCCUCGCAUCGUACUGUGUGUCAUGACUACGGAGGUGCUGACUGUAAGAUGAGAACAUAUUGUACUGGCAGAAGUUUUCAUUGUCCACUACCAAUGGAUGUGGAUAACUUUGUCCCUUGUUUAGAUGGUCGUUUAUGCUAUGAAGGUGAUUGCCUGAAUUUCUGUGAGAUCUAUUCCAUUGAGAGAAACUUGACUUUAGAGCCAUGCUUGUGUCAGUCCUCUGAUAAAGAUGCUUGCAAAUGGUGUUGCUAUGACAACAGUGAUCCUAAACAUCCCGGCGUAUGUGAGCCCUACUCUGACCAGACCCUGAGAGAUGGUCGACCUUGUUAUUAUGGAUUUUGCGAGAAUGGCAUGUGUGUCAAGGCAGAUAACUCCUCGGAUUAUUUCACUGAAACUUUUUUAAAGAAAGCUCUACGUGGCGGAGUAUCUGAGUUUGUCAAACGUAACAUUGUACUGGUAGUCUCUGUAAUGAAUCUGAUAUUUUUUCUGCCUAUGGCUUGGUUUAUCUGUGUCUGGGACAUGAGGUUAAAAAUGCAUCGUAACUCAAUGAAAGAGACAGGAGUGCAAACGGUUCCACAAAUUCAAAAGAAAAAUACAUUCUUGCCACGAGGUAUUGCAGCCUUGAAAAGUAAGUUCAUAAAUAAAGGCCCAAAUGUGAAACAAAAUUUUAUCAUUCCUACCAUUGUUAUCAUACCUCCUGAUGAUGGCAGUCUUCCAGAUGAUGUAACCAGCUACUCUACGAGAAUGGCAUAUGAAAAUAAUAACCCAGACUGGUCAGCAGAGUCAAAGACCAACUAUGAAGAGACAUGCAUAUUUCCAGAGGAAGCAAGGCCUGCAGAUCAGCCUGAGAAGACUUCCUUAACCUCUGCAGAAAAAACAAUCAGUGCUGAGUCAGAUGAGUCAUCAAAAGGAACUUUCAGUAGCAUCGAUUCCUACAUGAAGUCAUUCGUCCAAAAGAAAGUAUCCAUCGAAAGCUGGAAGACUGCAACACAGGAGAGUUUACAAUCUGAUGCACCCAAGAGAGAUCACUUUUCUUUCAAACCACAGACAUCCAGGGUGACUUUCAAGAAUGAUAACUCUGAAAAGACACAUAGGGAAUCGAACACAGGGGUCCUCAAUGAAUCUGCUGUAUAGACUUUAUAUUCAUUUUGUUUUUCCUUGCUUUGUAUAAAGCAUCUAUCAACUCACUCUCUCUGUCUGGUCAAAAGUUUGAACAUGUUCCUUCCUCCCAUUUCCCAUUCUCGGAUCAAGUUAAAACUUUGCGCAAUUAUUCAUUGAACCUGACAAGACAUCAAUCUAUCAAAAAGAAAUGGACCAUUAAUUAGUUGUUGGUGAUGAGUAUUUUGUUUGAUUUCAAAAAUAAAAAUGCUACUUAAUGAGAGAGAUGUGGAAAUAUAUAUGGAAUUAGUCCCCUUAUCAAGUUUUGACACAUUUAGCAUAAAUAUUUAUAGUCAAUAGCAGUAUAGGAAUCAAUCAAAAAAUUAACCAGCUAGUUCAUCAUUUAGUACUAAUUAAUUUUUUUUUUUAUAAAACAGAAAGGAAGCUAAACCCAGUAAUUUCCCCUUAGAUGAGCUUUGGUUUUAAAAAGUAUUCUUUUUUUUUCUAUUGCUUGUUUGUUUUUUACGUUAGUUAUACUGAAGAUAUUUUUUCUUUUAUAAAUUCUCCAUUUUUAAUUACUAGAUAGGAUAAUGUGUAGUCAUUUUGAUAUAAGGGAUUGCUGUUAGAAACAUUGCAUUUCAAUAGUUUCAGUUUAGGGUGGUAAUGUUCUCCUUGGCUGAUGCACAUUAUGUUGUUGAAGAUAUUUCUAAAAUAAGUCUUAAGCAGACUUGUUUGAUAAGUCCAAUGGAUGUGUGCAUCAUUAUUUUGCUGUCUGGAUGGCUAGCAUUUGUGAAAUAUGCACAAUAUUUCAAGUCUCUCUCUCUCUCUGCAAGUCCAAUACAGCACCUCCUUUGUAGACAGAUGGAAAUUGAGGCUAAUCUGCAAGGGUCUCAACAGAGGUUUAUCCCCAAGAUGAGAGGCAGACAGGCCAUGCUACCCACAAAUCAAACUAGCUAUAGUUUAAUAGCUGCACUGCUUUCUGUGUAGCAUAGUAAAGUCGAAGUAAAAUACUAUUCUCUACUAAUUUCCUAUUCUUUUAGCUCCUAAAAAAACCCUAUCUUUUACACUUUUUUCUCAGUUUACUUAGGUGAUUUCUGUUGUAUUGAGUUUUUAAAAUAGGUUAUUAUUUGAAACCCUUAGAUCUCUGAUUUUGUACCAGAAGUUAUUGAUCAUGCCAGGUAUGAUGACUAUAACCUACUAAUUUGUCAUAUAGUGGUUUUGAAAUGAAUUUCAUUUCA